AUGUCCAAAGGGAAAGUGAUUGUCUCUGGGGUUUCGCUCAUCCUAGUGGUGGGUGUUGCCAUAGGUGUUGUUGUUGUUGUUAACAAAAAGGACUCAUCUGAUCCUGCAGUAGCAGCACAUCAAAAAUCUGUGAAGGCCAUGUGCCAAGGCACCGAAGACCCCAAUCUUUGUCAUGAUACUCUUAACUCUGUGAACAGCGCUAACGCCUCAGACCCAAUGGCUUACCUAUCUGCUGCAGUGGAAGCAACUUCAAAAACCAUUAUCCAAGCCUUGAACAUGAGUGACAGGCUCAGUGUGGAACAUGGCAACAAUAACAAUGCUCCUGGAGUCAAAAUGGCCCUUGAUGAUUGCAAGGACUUAAUGCAAUUCGCCAUGGACAGCAUCGAAUCCUCGGCUAACUUGGUUCGUGACAACAAUAUUCAAGCCUUGCAUGACCAAACCCCAGACUUCAGAAAUUGGUUGAGUGCAGUUAUCUCGUACCAACAGUCAUGCAUGGAAGGGUUUGAUAAUGGAACAAACGGUGAGGACAAGGUUAAGGAACAGUUGCAAACGCAAAGUUUGGACCAAAUGGGGAAGCUCACUGGCAUAACACUUGACAUUGUCACUAAUUUAUCUAACAUUCUUCAGAGCUUUGGCUUACAGUUGGAUUUGAAGCCUGCUUCUCGUCGUCUUCUGGAGGCUGAGAAUGCUGAUGGUGAAGAGUUCCCAUCGUGGUUCUCUGCUUCCGAUCGUAAGCUGUUGAGUAAGGGAGUUGAAUCAAUACCACCGAACGCAGUUGUUGCCCAAGAUGGUAGUGGUAAAUUUAAAACCAUUAAGGAUGCGGUUGCCUCUUACCCUAAAGGCUUCAAAGGCAGAUAUAUUAUUUAUGUUAAGGCUGGGAUCUAUCACGAGUACAUCAUCGUUCCUAAAUCUGCAGCUAAUAUUCUUAUGUAUGGGGAUGGCCCUACAAAGACCAUUGUCACUGGUAACAAAAACUUCGUAGAUGGUGUCAAGACCAUGCAAACUGCCACCUUCGCAAAUGUUGCACCUGGAUUCAUUGCAAAGUCAAUGGCAUUCGAGAACACCGCUGGUGCUGCUAAGCACCAAGCAGUGGCAUUCAGAAACCAGGGAGACAUGUCGGCGUUCUUCGAUUGUGCCAUGCACGCUUUCCAAGACACCUUGUACGUUCAAGCCAACCGUCAAUUCUACCGCAACUGUGAAAUCUCGGGCACCAUAGACUUCAUCUUCGGAACAUCUGCAACCAUUAUCCAGAACUCAAGAAUCAUCGUAAGAAAGCCAGGCCCUAAUCAAUUCAAUACAGUGACCGCAGAUGGCACCGCCAAACAGAGCAUGACCACAGGAAUUGUGAUUCAGAACUGCGAGAUAACCCCAGAGAGGGAUUUGUUCCCUGCAAGGUUCCAAGUGAAAUCGUACUUGGGGAGGCCGUGGAAGCAAUAUUCUAGAACAGUGGUUAUGGAAUCGACCAUUGGAGACGUAAUUAGCCCAGAAGGAUGGACUGUUUGGAGUGGGAACCAGUUUCUUGACACGUUGUACUAUGCUGAGUAUGACAACGUUGGACCUGGUUCUAAUCUUCAAGGAAGGGUCAAGUGGAAGGGUUAUCAUCCCAAUAUUAAUAAGAAUGAAGCUGCACAAUUCACUGCUGGUCAAUUCCUUAGAGCUGGACCAGGUGGAAAAGCUGAUGAUUGGUUGAGGACUACUGGCAUUCCUUAUGCUAUUGGGUUCGCCAAAGCUUGA